AUGAGGCGUUUAUUGUAUUCUUCCUUACCAACGACGGUCUCGCCUCAUUGGAUAAACGAAGAUGUGGAAAGUCGAUUGAAGUUCUGUGGGAUUCGUUUACCAAGGUCAAAAGAUAUGGGAAUAUAUAUUUCUGGUGUUUUGUUUGCAACAGGAUGGUGGGCUUUUAUAGAUGCUAUGAUAUAUUCUAAAGUCAUAACAGGCAGUCAAAUCCUAACGGUUAAAGAUUGGAUUAGCGGUGUUUUAAGUACACUAGGCAUAGUUGUUGUGAAUUCAAUCAAUAAAUCAUGCCUAACCGAAAUAGAAUAUUUACAUUCAAAUUCUUGUCUCUCACUCUGGCAAGCACGGCUAACACUGUUUCUAGGAUUUGUAUUUAUGGCAAGCGGUGUAUGUUGGUCAGCUGUAAACGAAUUUCGUUAUGAAUUAUAUUUUACAGCAAGUUCCAAUGCAAAUAUGGUACUUUGGGAUGGCGAUGUUGAUGCAGAAUAUUUUAAUAAUGCUCAGCACUAUAGUUCUUUGGUUGUCUCUCAAUGA